AUGGCUUCUCUUUCGUCACUAACUUCAAGCUCUUUCAGUACGGUUUCUACGUUGCAUGGAGGGUACUCCAAAGGCAACACUACCAUCUCAUGCAAAGCUGGCAGAACUUGCUUGAACGUUAAUGGAAAGAAGGAGAACAACUUAUACAAAGUGCUAUCACUUGACUCAGAGACUGUUGGGGUUGAUGAGAUAAAGAAGGCAUACAGAAGCAUGGCUAUACGUUACCACCCUGAUGUUUGUCCUCCUUCAAAUAAGGAUGAGUAUACAAGGUUGUUUGUAGAGCUUCAUCAAGCUUAUCAGACGUUAUCUAAUCCUGCUUUGCGAGCUUUAUAUGAUAAGGAGUUGAAAGUCAACGAGACUGUGCCAACAAAGUUUUGGAAAGAGAGAUGGGAAGCUCAGCUUUGUGGACUGAGACUGCGGUCAGAGAAGAGGCAGAGAAAUAUGGUUUCAAAGGAUUAG